AUGAGCUACGCGCACGUCAAACCCCCCAGCGAGAUCCACCGGGCCUGGUGGAAAGAAAGCUCUGUGUACCAGAUCUGGCCGGCAUCGUUCAAGGACUCUAAUGAUGACGGUAUUGGCGACAUUCCUGGCAUCAUCUCGAAGCUCGACUACAUUCGUGACCUUGGUGUCGAUAUUGUCUGGCUCUGUCCGUCUUACAAGUCUCCCCAGGUAGACAUGGGAUACGACAUUGCGGACUACUACAGUAUUGCAGACGAAUAUGGUACGGUCGCAGAUGUCGAAAAGCUGAUCAAGGGCUGCCACGACAGGGGCAUGAAGCUCCUUAUGGACUUGGUCGUGAACCACACCAGUGAUAAGCAUGAAUGGUUCAAGAAAUCACGCAGCUCAAAGGAUAACGAGUUUCGCGAUUGGUAUGUCUGGAAGCCGCCCCGCUACGACGAGAAUGGGAAUCGUCAACCUCCAAACAACUGGGUAUCGCACUUCCAAGGAAGCGCCUGGGAAUUCGAUGAGGCGACAGGAGAGUAUUAUCUUCAUCUAUACGCCGUCGAACAACCUGACUUAAACUGGGAGAACCCCGCCGUGAGAAAGGCAGUGCAUGAUAUCGUGCGUUUCUGGCUCGACAAAGGAGCUGAUGGCUUCCGCAUGGACGUCAUCAACUUUAUCAGUAAGGAUCAGGCGUUCCCCGACGCACCGGAACAGGACAAGGAUGCCGUAUGGCAGUGGGGUGACAAGUACUACGCAAACGGUCCUCGGCUCCAUGAGUAUCUGCAGGGUAUUGGGAAGAUACUUAAGGAAUACGACACCUUUAGCGUCGGGGAAAUGCCUUUUGUAAAGGAUACCAAUGAAGUGCUGAAAGCGGUUCGCUACGACCGCAACGAAAUCAACAUGAUCUUCAAUUUUGAGCACGUCGACAUUGACCAUGGCCCCUGGGGCAACAAAUUCAAGCCUGGCGGCUGGAAACUCACUGAUCUCAAGGCCUUUUUCGAGCGCUGGCAAGUUUUCAUGUACGACAACGGCGGCUGGAACGCUUUGUAUUGGGAAAACCACGACCAACCCCGAUCGAUUGACCGCUAUGUCAACCCCCCUCAGGCUCUCCGACCAGCGGCCGGAAAGAUGUUGGCUACCAUACUAGCCUUGCACGCGGGCUCUCCGUUCAUUUACCAGGGCCAGGAGAUAGGAAUGGGAAAUGUUCCUAUUGAAUGGGGAAUGGAAGAAUACAAAGACAUCGACUGUCUGAACCAUUGGAAAGGGUUGCUGGAAACCAGACCAACGGACACCGAGGUACAGAAAAUUGCCAGACAGGAAUACCGGAAGAAAUCCCGAGACAACGCUCGCACUCCAGUGCAGUGGUCCUCAGAACCCAAUGCCGGAUUCACCGGGCCGAACGUUAAGCCUUGGAUGUCUGUCAAUCCAGAGUACACUCGAGUUAAUGCAGCGGACCAAGUCAAGGACCCCAACUCUUUGUACCAUUACUGGGCAUCAGUCCUGCACCUCAGGAAAACCUACCUCGAUAUCUUUGUCUAUGGAAAUUACGAGCUUGUGGAUCGUGAUAGUCAGGAGGUUUACGCCUACACCCGGGCAUGCCACACCUCCAAGGCUCUGGUAUUGGCGAACUGGACUGACCGUGGAUUGACGUGGAACGCGGCAGCACACAAGGCUGAUCAGUUCGAGCAAGUGCUGCUAGACACUUAUGAGUCCGCAAACGCAGCGCAGGGAAGGUUUUCAGGUGGUCAAUGGACGCUUCGACCAUAUGAAGCGGUUGUGAUCUUGCUAAAAUAG